GAAAUCGCCAAGUUGGUACGUUUGUAAACAGUUCGGAAUCGUAUCAUCUAAAGUCAUCAGCAAGGUCAAAUCCAAGGCUGUCUUCCACACUACCUCCCCGCAUUCGCAUACCCAAGAGAGCGGUUCAUCACCCCACCCCACCCCAACCGUCUUGCCACACAAGAUGGGCGCCAAAUCUCAGAUCAUCCGGGACGCACGACUUCGUUUCUCAGUCGAAGCAAACGAAGUCAAGCGGAGAGCUUUGCUCUAUAUCGCGAGGAAUGCGACGUUGGAGAGCCAAGUGAGGCAUCGGGCACAGCUGCAAUUGCACAACAUGGACGGCAACACCCGGCCAGGGAGGGUUUCCAACCGAUGUAUGGAAACGGGCAGAGGGAGAGGAAUCAUGAGCCAAUUCGGUCUCUGUCGAUAUCAAUUCCGUCUGAAAGCGUUGAACGGAGAGCUCAGUGGUGUCUCGAAGUCGAGUUGGUGAACAGGCAGGCCAUUCCUUCUUUGUAUAACCACCCUUUCCAUGCGGGAGACGAUGCGUGAUGUAAUAGUUGGACCGCCAUUUUCCACUCAUCGGCAAUUCACGAGCAGGCGACAUGUCGGUACAGAGACUGCGAGUCGACAAAACAGCCGUAGCGGUUUCCGACCCCAGGGCUGUAAUCUACCGUUCACCAUGGCAUGCAUCCCUUGGAAACAAAUUCAGAUUUAUGCGUUAUGACGCGCCUUUUGUACACACGAGCGAGCUUUGAAUUCGCAUUCACGCAAGUUACUACUACGUUACUACUUGUACUUGUAUCCUUGGUGGAAUGGUCGAUGAUUGAUGUCAAGCC